AUGAGAGAGCUCUUCUUUGUAUUCUUUUUCAUUUGCCUUGUUUCUUCAUCACAAUGUUCUUCUAUUCCUACUGUGUCAACUCCAAGCAAUAUCAAAAUUAAAUCAUCAACUAUCUUCUCUUUAAGAAUAGACAAUGAUGAGAAAGUUUCAUUAACUUUUUGUGGUGAUAAUCAAAUUGGUCAUGCCAAAGUAGAAAUGUACGACCAUUGUGAAGAUGGUCAGUUGAGUUUCCCAAUUCAAUCUUUUGGUUCAGUUCUUCAACUUGAAGAAACAAAUGCAAUUGAAUUAGAAGUAACAAAUGGAGAAAUUAUUUAUUUUAAUGUGACGGCGUUAGAACCAAUUGAUUUAGAGUUAUGUGUUAGUAUUAUUAAUCAGAACAAUGAUCCACCCAAGUAUAGUUAUAGUCCUAAAGCAGUUUAUUUCUUAGGAGGAGUUCUUCUUGUUGUUAUAGCAUUAUUAAGUCUUUUAGUUGGGUUUUUAGCAAAUAAGAAAUCACAGUCGAGACAAAGUAAUUCUUCUAAAACUAUUUUUUAA